GAACGACACAACAGGCUGUGCACGGCUGUCGUGACGUCACUGAGUUUGCGUUACAAUAGCUGUGCCACGUAUUUUUGCAGUUUGAGUGCUCCGCGAAGCCGCGUGAUCGACAAUUGAUUUAAUGUUUUUUACUUCGUCGUCUCGAGCGACCUAAGAAGCUCUCGGCAGACAUGGGGUCGUCGCACAGCGUGGAAAUACCGGGAGGCGGUACAGAAGGUUAUCACGUACUGAGGGUUCAGGAUGGUUCUCCUGGACAGCAAGCAGGACUUGAAGCAUUCUUCGAUUUUAUAGUUGCAAUUGGAAAUACUCGUCUGGACCAAGACAACGAUACUUUGAAGGAACUUCUAAAGGUCGGUGUAAAUAAGGAACUAACAAUCACAGUGUACAGUAGUAAAACACAGUCUGUAAGGCGGACAAAAAUUGUCCCGAGUAUGACAUGGGGUGGACAGGGUUUAUUGGGUGUCAGUAUACGUUUCUGUUCAUUUGAAGGCGCUAACGAAAAUGUUUGGCAUGUACUUGAAGUACAUCCAUCAUCCCCUGCUGAAUUGGCCGGUUUACGGCCGUUCACUGAUUACAUCAUCGGAGCAGACUCCAUUCUCCAUGAAAGCGAGGAUUUAUUUACCUUAAUAGAGGCGCACGAAUCGCGACCUCUCAAAUUGUAUGUAUAUAAUACUCAGGAUGAUUCAUGCAGAGAAGUCACUAUCACACCUAAUAACACUUGGGGUGGAGAAGGAAGCUUAGGGUGUGGAAUCGGAUAUGGAUACUUGCAUAGAAUACCUGUCAGAAGCGUACUGGAGCAGAAACCUACUAAUUCAUACAUGAAUACUCCCAAGACUGUAAUACAAACUCAACAACCGCCAGUAGCAACGACUGCUACUGUUACUGUGGCGGAAAUCAACCCGAUUGCCAGUAUACCAUCCGGACUGGUUCCACCGAAUUAUACCGCUCCGAUGGAUAGCUCGAAAAAUGUGAAAGCCGAACAGGAAGCUAUAUCUGCUCAAAGUAUACCUAGCCCGAGCACGCAAACGCAGCCAGUAAAUCAAGUAAAUUUCACUGGUGCUGUUGGUGGCUAUACACCAGUCAGUUCGGUCCCUCAUAUGUUUCCGAAUCAGCCCUCUCCCAGUUUUACACCCAGCAGUUAUCCAGUAACUCCGAACAUUCCUGGUAUGCCAACGAUGACGGCGCUACCACCAAACGUUACCAGCUCUUACGAAUUUCCAAUUGCAUUGCCCGGAUCGAUUAAUGUUCCAGGACAACAGAGAGAGCAAAACCCUGUCCAUGGUAUGACCACAAUCAAUGUCCCAGUAUUGCCGAGAGAGCAGAAUCCUAUUCCUAGCGCAAACACGACUGCUGGCUUCAAUGUGUCUCAGUCUCACAUUGUAACGACACCCAUCUCACUGCCAGGAAUGCCACCUAUCACAGUAACCGCUUCUCUCCCGCAAGAUACUUCCUUCUAUCCAUCUGUUCUCCAACAGCAGAAUCCAUUACCACCCGGUAUCAACACUACCGUCGCUCCAACGAUGACGUCCACGCAGUAAGAAACACAGGUUCUUAAGAAUUAAAUAAAUGGAGAAGAUAUAAUUUUCACUUUAAUAAAGUAUACUUUUAAGUGUGCCGGUUAAAUUAAAAAUCGAAUUUUCUGUUCCGUUCUAAGCUGUCGGAACGGAGAAAGCGAGCCAGUAAGACUAAGGAUGGUAUUCAUAAUUGUUUCUUGGUGAAAAUUUUUUUUAUUUAUAUGUGUGCAUAUAUACAAAUAUAUCUGAAUGCAUAUAUACAUGUAUAUAAACCAUUAUGUUCACCAAAGAAAGAUUAUAAUGCCUUCCUAAGUUUUAUUUCUUUUAAUAAACAUUUGAGAAUGUGAUGCGCAUAAUAUAAAUUUUUUAAUGUGUACUAAAGAGAAUAGUAAUGUAAUAAUUGUACAUAAAUAAAAUAAUCGCAAAAUCCUAAUUAUUGCUAUAUUGCAACAUUGAAAAA